UAAUUAAAAAAUCAACGAAAUAGAUCUUAAAUUUGAUUGGUUUAUUGUAUGAAAUUUAUUGGAUGAAAUUUAUUGGAUGAAAUGUGUAAACAUCCAUCUUAUUUCCGCGCGACCUACUGUAUAUGUAAUAUUUAUUGUAAAGAAAAAAGUUACAACAAUGAAAAAACGUGAAUAUUAAAAUAUCAUAUAGCAAAUAUUUAUUUACAUACUUAAUUGUUUUAUAAAGUUACUGUAUAUUUUAUUAUAAAGACAAAUUAGUAAAAUAAAUAUCAUUUCUUUUAAAAAAUACAAUGCAACAGUUGAUCAAAGAAUAUUUUCAAGCACUUGGUUGCUUUGAUUUUGGUACAGCGACUAAGUGUUUUAAUAAAAUUCCAAAAUCAAACGUUCAACUAGGUUCUAUACUUCAAACUCUUACAAAGUGUGAACAAUCUUAUACUUCGUUAGAUUAUUUAAAAACAAAGCUCUUCAGAAGAAAAGAAGAUUACUUAUACGCGUUAUACACUGAAGCUUUAAAUUUGUUAGAUGUAGACGAUCUUUGCAAAACUUUACAGGAUUUUAUAGAAAUUCGACAAUCACAAAUCGUGAUUUAUAGAUCCAUUCCUACACAUUUCUCGAACAUUAAUGAUGAGAAAAUUGUUAAUGAUAUCGAACCUGUUAGAUCUAAAGCUGAAGAACACAGAUUAAAUGAAAAAUUGGGGCCAUUAGGUAUAGGAGUCGAAAGCGAAUUGAAGAUUUUAAAAUAUCUUUUUAUGGCACGUAAGGCGAUUGUGACAUAUAACUUUAAAAAUUCGGCAAUUUUUCUUUAUACAGCAAAAUCAAAUCUUUCUUCUUGGAGAGAGGUUUGCUCAAAACAAGUAUAUCCUGAGAAGAAAUCGAGCAAUCGCAGUGAAGAACCUACAAGUGCCUUUUCAUUCGCUAUAUCUAAUUUUUUCUCUUCAGAGAAGCAGUCAAAGCAGGUUAAACGUGGAAAUGAUUCACCUAAUAACAUACAAUGGCUUGAAAAGCUUUUAUCUAACCUUACUUCCAGGAUGACGUUGUAUUUUAUGCAUGUACUUUUAGAAAGGGAGACAAUUUUUGGAGGAGAUAUCAGAUCAUUAUGGAGAAAAGUUGAUACUGAUUAUCAUGGAAUGAUCCGAAAUUAUCAGAAUAAGUCAGGAGCAUUUAGUAUUUCAUUAUUAUAUGAAGUAAGCAAUGACAUACCAUUUUAUCCACAAGGAUAUGUUGGCAGCGGGGUACAAUACAACAAACCAACAGGUAUAAAUUCGUUCCCGUGGAUUUACUGUAGUCCUAAGGAAAAACCAGAAAAUCAUUUGCCAAAUAUUAUAUCAAUAAUGCAAGAUAAAGAUCCAAAUAGAGAAACACCUUUCAGCCGAACUACACCACAUUAUUUUCAUGAUAUAACGGUUGGAAACUCUUAUUAUUUUAUUCGUAUUGAUGAAUUCGUUAGCUUAGUCAUUAUAUUUGAGAAACAAGAGAAACAACCAAAACAACCGGAUAAUAAUGUAUUAGAAUUUAUUAUGGAUUUGGCUAGUAAGUUGAGUGGUAAGGAAGUAUUAGAAAGUUUAAACAAUUAGAAAAUUCAAAUAUCAAGAAAUUUUUUUUUUUUGUAUGUUAUUAAUUAACACAUUAGAUAAUGUUUAUUUUAGU